AUGAAAGAACCGUGUGAUUAUAACUACACUUCUAUUACAAAUCUUAUAAACGACACAAAUUACCACCAUAGAGAAUCACAUGAACCCUUAACCGAAGAUCCUUUUGCAUCAAGUGUUUGUGGUGUUUUACCUACAAUUGGACCAAGAAUUGCUGGUGGUUUUGCAGCUGAUGUUGAGUAUCCCUGGUUUGCCCUCCUAAAGAGACCUCAGGAUAUGUAUGGAGAAUGUGGAGGGACUUUGAUAACAAAUCAUCAUGUCUUGACUGCUGCUCAUUGUUACUCUUUCAAUGAAUACGAGUCGUAUUGGAAGAAUGAAUUCGUCAUUCUCCUUGGUGUGACCAAUAUUUGCGAUUUAAAUGAAAAUACUGAAAAGUUUAACCAAGAUUGGGUCAUUAUUCACCCGGAAUUCCAUCCUGAAAAUGUUUUCACUGAUACUUCCACGCUCAAUGAUAUUGCCGUUGUAAAGCUCGCGGGAACGUCAAAGAAAAUCCCAAUUUGUCUCCCUGAUCUUGAGUCUCAGCUUCCACAUCACGGAGAAAUCCUGGGAAUGGGAUAUAUAAAGGAAGAUGAACUUAACAAACCUUGUGAACUUCAAAAAGCACUCGUCGACAUGUAUGAUCAAAAAACUUGUAAGACAUUCAGGGACAUUCACUACAAUCCGUUCCAUAUAAAGGACGACUUCUUGUGUACGAAUUCUGACACUGAUACUUGCAAAGGAGAUAGCGGAGGACCUCUUCAGUGCCUCAACGAGGAAAAUGUGUACACUCUUUAUGGAAUUACGUCAUUGGGAGUUGGAUGUGGCAAGAAAAACAUUCCAGGAAUAUAUACAGAUGUUCUCUACCAUGUGCCUUGGAUCAAGAACAUUACCUAUUCGACUCCUAAUGAGGGAUCAGAGGAGACGAAUAUUCAGCAAGAUUCUCACUCUAGCAAUUCUAUAGAAUCUUCCAAGUCUCUGCUGAAGCGGUUUAUUUCCCGAAGACUUCAUUUGCUUGAAUAA